UCGGGCACGUUGCAUGACGCGGCAGCGCUGGUUCGCACCAUUUCGCCCGAGCGGUGGUUGUAGGCUGGCUGGCGCCAUAGCUGCCGAGGUCUAGCAGGACUGCAGAGUGGCGAAGUGUGGAACAGGUCAAGAAGAUAAAAAGGAAGGCUGUCGGGACUGGCGGUGUUCAAGGAGUGUGAGAAGAGUGUUCAAGCAGCAUCCAGCGAUUCACACGUGGACAGCGAUUGUGGGGUAGUGUGAUAGCGUGAGUAGAGAAAGUAGGAGGUAGAGUAGAGUGGUCAGAUACUUGAGUGAUGUGUCUGCUCCUGACUGGUGUGCCAUCCUCUUUGGUAAUCUGCUUUCAACUUGGCUCAAUCAUGCUUGUACUUCUAUGAGUAUGUUCAUUUUGGAAACUUAGUGUUCUUAUUGCAUAUUAGAGCCACUUGUGAUCUGAAGACCAGACCUGAAAAGUGUGCUGGGAAGGCGGAGAGGAGGACGAGGGAGUUGAUAAUGAGAUUUGGCGAGAUAAUCGGAAUUUUGUGUCGUUUUUGUGGCUUACGUUUCUUCGUCUGUCAAAUUUAUCACAUGUAAAUGUUAAUUGAGAGGGGGAGGGGGGGGGUGAAGUUCAUCAUAUCCGCAAGCCACAGCGGUCAUUCUUCUUUUUUCCUGUCGGUGUNUCACAUGUAAAUGUUAAUUGAGAGGGGGAGGGGGGGGGUGAAGUUCAUCAUAUCCGCAAGCCACAGCGGUCAUUCUUCUUUUUUCCUGUCGGUGUCCUGCUCUUUUCCCCAAAUUCGUGAUGAUCUUUGUGGGAUGUCAACAUCUAACCUCCUCUGCGUCCCACUGAUCUAUUGGGAUUGCCCCUGCUACUGUUUCUCUCUCUCUGUUUCACAUGUAAAUGUUAAUUGAGAGGGGGAGGGGGGGGGUGAAGUUCAUCAUAUCCGCAAGCCACAGCGGUCAUUCUUCUUUUUUCCUGUCGGUNUUUCACAUGUAAAUGUUAAUUGAGAGGGGGAGGGGGGGGGUGAAGUUCAUCAUAUCCGCAAGCCACAGCGGUCAUUCUUCUUUUUUCCUGUCGGUUUCCUGCUCUUUUCCCCAAAUUCGUGAUGAUCUUUGUGGGAUGUCAACAUCUGACCUCCUCUGCGUCCCACUGAUCUAGUGGGAUUGCCCCUGCUACUGUUUCUCUCUCUCUGUUUCUUUUGUUGUGUGUUUGUUUGUUUGUGUGUGUGUGUGUGUGUGUGUGUGUGUGUGUGUGUGUGUGUGUGUGUGUGUGUGUGUGUGAGAGAGAGAGAGAGAGAGAGAGAGAGAGAGAGAGAGAGAGAGAGAGAGAGAGAGAGUCCGACGCCGCGCCGUUGGGCACUUUGCUGACUACUUGGGAUUUAGUAGCGCAGGGCUCUGCGGUAACGCUUGCCAGUGAAACCGUAGAAGAGGAGGAGGAGGAGGAGAGAGGAGAGAGCGGUCAUCGUAGCUAUCACACUCGUCGUUUGGGAGCGCAAUUUAUUGGUCUUUUUUUUUUUACGUUCUGCUUUGUAAGCAGUGAUUAAUCCUCUUCGUACAGAGUGAUUAAUUCACGGAAAAUUUCAUCAUGGCGUGGGGUGCAAUGAUAAAGUCAGUGUUGAAAAAUCAACGGCUGCUCACAGGCUUAUCCAGGACGAGGAGUCGAUCACCGGUCCUGUCGACCCUCGCUGGUCGGUUGACACGUGGCAGAAGCUGCAAUGGCACCGUCGAGAGUGCAGGAAGGGGAUCAUCUUGGCUAAUUACAGCUGACAGUACGGUGGCCAGAAAGACAUCACAGGUGUCCAUCUUCCCGGUCCAUGAAAGGAAUAUAAGCUCAUCGUCAUUUUCAUUCAUGGGUGUGGGAGGAGGAGUAGAGAAGGAGGUGGGGAUAAACAACCCAAACCAUAACGAGAAGAAGGAGAAUGAGAAGAAGAAGAAACUGGAGCUUCCUGUAUUUCCUUACACCCCCCAGAAGUACGCUGGGCCUCGAGCCGCGGAGGUGAUGGUUAAGCGGAAGAAGUUCCUGAAUCCUGCUCUUUUCCUCUACUACAAGAAGCCGGCAAAGUUGAGCGGAAUACAACACGACCUAAUGAAUGGCAAGAACAUCAUCAAGACGGCGAAAGUGUGCAGAAGCCUGCAGAUCAAGUUGGCAAUCUGCCAAGGACUCAAGCAAGUCCUGGGGAGUAAGACAAAUGUUUCCCCAGGACUCCUCAACAUCGACGACUAUAUCAAGAUAAAGGUUGGAGAACCGAUGGCUAUUCAAGAGGACGAAGCGAAAGCGGUGAAGGCUAUGCUCUCCCAUCUUGUGGUUGCACCUGUUGAUCGCAACCCAGGAGACGUAGUGGUAAUGUGCCCAUCUACCUAUCAAAUUGGCUUGAAGAAGAUGUUCACACUAAAUGUGGCUCAUGUACCAAUCGCAGUGCACGAAAGGGAAGUACUAAAGGAAGUCCGAGAGGCCUACCGCCAGGCAAGUCUCGAGGUUGUGGCAGCUUGGGACACAAAAGGAAAGCUAGGAAGGGCGUACAUCCUACCCAAGCAGAAAGAUCUGCUGAAGUGGAGGCCGAUCGCCCCUGCCAACUGCGAACCUACUAAGACAAGUAGUAGAAGGAUUGCCAGAGCCUUGAACGCGUUACUUGCUAGGCUCCCUUCACUUGACCACUUCAACCUCGGAGCUACAACUAUGCUGAAGGAGCAGCUGAGAAAGGCGGAACAUAAGUUCGAGAAGAAGGGCGAGCUUGCUCUGCUCAAAGCCAUGGUCUUAAAGAAAUUUGGUCCCCAGGACCCAUGCAAUUUGGUAUCGGAGCUGUAUGCUCGUUGCACUCAUAGCGCUGGCAUGAUCAAGGCCGGCGAGAAGGAGGAGUGUCGAAGAUGUGGUGAUGGAGGAUUAGUGGAAGGAGGUCAGGAGGAGAGAAGAAGGGGGAUUAGUAGUGGGAGUAGGCCGAAGAAGAAGGGGCUUACCUGGAGCGUGCUGCGCGACGAGGAGCGACAUCGAAGAAUCUGUACCUCUCGGAUGAUGCUGAAGUCAGGGAAGAUCAAGCCGGGCCCCACAAUUGAAGAACAGAAGGAAAUUGACCGCCGGCUGGCAGAUAAAAAGAAAGAAAGAGAAGACAAGAAAAGACAGAAAGAAGAACUGAAGAAGAAGUUGAAAGAAAAGAUGGAAAGAGAAUUAGAAGAAGAAAUGAAAAGUAUUCAAGACGAAGAAGAAGAAGAAGAGAAGGAUGAAGGGGAGAGUUUGCAACGACGCCGACCCACUGAUCAGCCCGAGAGUAGUCGUACCGGUGAGGUACGCCUGCCGUUGGUUCCCCUAUUGGAUUGGGCCAACCAGCACGGCUACUCCGGCGACCAACUUCAAGAAUCGGAAGAAGAAAGAGACGUGUUCAUAGCCAGGCUAGCAACUAUUGCUGAUAAAGCAGAAAGGGAUUUACUGCUGGAGGAAAAGAGAAAUGAGUUGCAUACCAAACUCUUAGCAGCAAAGAGACAAGAAUUAGAGGAGAAAAAGAGGCUGCAGGCAGAGGGUGAAAAGUUACAAACCGCGUUAGAAGCGCAGAAAGGAAAGGAAACGGCGGCAGAUGAACAACUCACCCUUCUCAUAGAGUCUCUCCUCCAGACAAGGAAGGAGAUGGCAGCAAUGAAUCGGACGCUACAGAAGGUGGAAACUCACCAAACAAAGUUUGAAAACGUCUGGAAUACCUUUCUGCACAAGUCAGCGCAAGAUGUGGACAGGCAUAUCCAAUCCUAUAUUGUAAAGCUAGAUGAGCACAUUACUACUACCUUCACACCGGAAGUAAUCGAAAAGAUCGUGAAAGGAGCCGGAGGUGGAGGAGGGGAUGGCGGCGAUGAUGGAGAUGAUGGAGACAAGAAGAAGAAAGGGGUGCAGCGUGAAGAAGGAGAUGGGGGAAAGGUAAACAAGAUUAAGUUGAAAUUGCCCUGGACCUAUAACGGUAAAAAGGAAGAGAGUGUUUUGCACUGGAUUGCAGCGAUUGAGUCAUAUUGUUAUGGACAGCGAGUCCCAUACUGGGACAGAGUGCUUAUGGCUAGUUCCUGUAUGGCGGGAGACGGAAUGAGUUUUGCGAUCUCUUUGCAGAAAGAAGCGGGAUGUGAGUCAUUAGUAGAAUAUUCUCAGAAAACUCGCCUUGAAGACUUCCUCAAAGCCGUCAGAGGACGGUUCGAGGACAAGAACUUGGCCCGUCGAACCGAAAUGUUAGUGUUAAAUCUACCUGAGAGGAAAUGGAAAAGCACUUCAGCACUCAAGUCAACCAUGGAUGAACUGUUGCAGCAAAGCACUGAGCAUGGCUUAACUCCCGCACAAAUUCUAAAUAGUUUUGCACGUGCACUCCCCGAUCAUAUUCGCUCCCAACUAUAUCCCCGAACAAAUGAAGAAGGAAUGACGUACGAGAAGUUCAGCAAGAUCGCAUUGGAUCAUGCUGGCUUCUUGACUGAGGCUAACUGCUGCCACUAUUGGAAAGAUCUGCAAGCAGGACGAAAGUGGCAAAAUCGUACCAUCUCAGGGUCAAUCCCUGGGAAGGACAGCCUCCUCCUAACCUUUGAGGGAGGAGGCAUGGAAACCAUCCCUUGGGACCAAGUGGAUUACGGUCUCGAGGAAUUCCACGAACCGGUAGCUCAGGAGGGGAGCUACGCGGCCGUUGCAGCCCGCGGGGGAGGGCGGCAAGGUAGAGGGCGCGGCCGAGGAAGAGGAGGUUGUGGCCGUGGUGGAAGAGGCUCAGGCACCCAGAGGGGUGGUGGCGAAGGUAGCCACUACGUGGGAGGAAGGGGAAACGGUCCCUUGCAAGGUGGCCGUGACUUCGUCAUACAGGCUUUUCGGAAGCCUCUCUAUGGAGACCGUUUUCUGGAGGUUUCAUAUGACUACAUCUACGGCAAGGGGCGGAUCGAGAUCUUGAUCGGUGCCACUGGCAGCAUUUUCCUCGCUGUGGAGUUGUACCUUCGGAGCGUUGCGGACGAGGAGAUGGCCAGAUGUAUGGCAUAUAUCAGCAAGAUCGAUCCUACGGCAUCCUUUGACAUCAGCUACGUGGUCCAAGAGUCGAUGGCCACUCAGGUUCUCAAUGAUGAGGAGGACCAGCGUGUACCAGAUACGGGUCAUAGAGAGGUUGAGGAGAAAAAGCAGGAGAAGGCUCAAAGAGAGCUAGACCAACUGGUUGAUGGGACCAAGGACCUAGUGAAGGAAGGGAAAGGAAAGGAAGCUGCCGGGAAAAGGAGGAAGGUGGUCUUGAGAUCCGAGGCUGAGGAGGGUGUCUCCAUAGAUGAAGUAGUAAAGAAACUAUUUGAGGAAACCGAGAUCACUCUAUCCUGGAAAGAGGCGGUAGCCUUGGUGCCAAAGUUUAGAGAAGAAUUUAAAAAGAUGGUUGAAAGGCGGGAGGUAGAAAUCAAUAGCCUAAGACUAUUCCCUCAGCAUGUGGAAAGAGCCCCGCCUGGGACCAAGAUGAGGUUUGGCAACAUGUCGUGUGGGUACUUGAAUAUCUCCGUAAACGACGUGAAGGUUAGAGCCUUAGUGGACUCUGGGGCCGAGAUGGUGCUCAUGUCCUCGGCCACGAAGAGAUCAUGUGGGCUUGGAAUAGAUAGGAAAGCCAAUCACCAACUUUCCAAUAUAGCCGGAUUUCUGCCAUUGGAAGGAUUCAUAGAUGACUUGCCCAUUCGAAUUGGAACUUUACGGGCCGAGAUCCUCUGUUUUGUGGUCCCCAACUUGGAUCAUGACUGCAUUAUCGGAGCCCCUUUCCUACAUAGAAUGGAGGCUUGUGCGUUCUUUGGUCAUGAUGGGGCGGUUUGGCUUUCGCUCCAGGAUCCUAACAAUGGUCAAGAACAGGCUUUUGUGAUAAGUGACAGACACCAUCCUCGUCAUCAGCGACAUGUUAAUUCUGUUAAGCAUGGAGAAUUCGACAAGUUGAUUGAGGAAGUACGAGCAAAGCUGAAAGAAAGUGGGAUAGUAGACGAGAAGACAACGAUUAGAGUAAUUGAUAUCGGUAAGAUGCUCAAACUCCUAGAUAAAGCGAAGGAGCUGGGCGAUAAGAGAGAGAUGGAAGGAUUCAAGGAAGUUGUGAGGGCGGCAAAAGUUGGUUAUGCACCUGUUACACUCUGGUACGGUCGGUAUGCUACUUCUCCCAUUGAGAACCUGGUUGAGACCUGGACCCGUGAGGCACAGAGAGAGUCAUACUCCACAGAGGAGUUGCUGAGACUGAGGAUCAGGCAGAUCAAGGAAGUGGAUGAGACCAUAAUCGAGGCCACAAAGAGGAUGUCAGACAGCAGGUUAUCUGACCAGACACGAUGGAACAGCAAGAGGUCAGAGGAGGUACUCGGCCCUUCAAGGGGGAAGGGACCAGUCCCAUAUCUUGGGGAUGGCUACAACCAUUUGGUGGGAGCAAACUUCAUCAUACAGGCUUUUCGAAAGCCUCUCUAUGGAGACCGUUUUCUGGAGGUUUCAUAUGACUACAUCUACGACAAGGGGCGGAUCGAGAUCUUGAUUGGUGCCACUGGCAGCAUUUCCCUCGCUGAGGAGCUAUACCUUCGGAGCGUUGCGGACGAGGAGAUGGCCAGUUGUAUGGCAUAUAUCAGCAAGAUCGAUCCUACGGUAUCCUUUGACAUCAGCUACGUGGUCCUAGAGUCGAUGGCCACUCAGAUUCUCAAUGAUGAGGAGGACCAGCGUUCAGCCGUUCUGAAUGUCGGACACCAAUGGGCCGUCCAUCUCCAGUACAUCAGGAUCCAGGACCAGUCAGAUGGCGGGCUUGCAGUUCAGCUCACCGCCUGCACUCACCAGGGAGCAGAUGGAGCUCCAAGUAGAGAGGAUCCGCUUAAGGUUAGAGAAGGAAUUAAGGAGGCUACUGAAAGAGAAGAUGAGAUCAGAAAUAGAAGUGUCAAACUUGAGGGAAGAGAGGCAGACAAAGUUGUUGUAGAGGGUUUAGAUGAUGUUGUCAUUGACGAUAACAUGCGGAUCCUCAAGGCACGUCUCCUGUCCAUGCAUGCAUACAUGGAUAGCAAAUUGGACGAUGUCCAGGACACCCUAGACCAGAUCUUGAACGCCAUGCACAUACCAAGUUUCAGGCCAGCAGUUCUGCCAUCGCUGUCAUUUUCGGCAAUGACAGGUCCGUAUCCGCCUCAGUCUGGUACCAUACCAAGCGGUACAUCAGCAGCGGCAGGACAAACUGUUGCUUCUACUUCUUCUGGUCCAGAGGCUGGAGCUACACCAGAGCCGCCAACUGCCCCAGCAGCAGGACAGCAACAACCUUGGUACCCCAAGACCCCAUCGAAACCACCCUCAACCUUCUCAGGGGAUAAGAAGGAUGAGGCUCUUGACACUUGGUUGAGAACGGUGCCAGUGUGGGUGAGGGCGAAGAGGACGUUGGUAGAGGAGGAAGUGAUAAUUGUCGCAUCCUAUUUGGAGGGUUCGACAACUCGACAAGCGCCGGGAAGCAAGAUUGCGCGAUGGUUGUCGCCUCCCGUCUACUCUAGUGGUCCGGAAAUGCCUAUAGAGGUAAGGGAUGGGGUAUCUGUUGUUCUUCCGGAAGAAGGGACGUGGACCGACCUAGAACCGGCCUAUGAAACCAUGAUGCUGGACGAGAAGGACGCGUUCCUCUGGAUAGAGACAAUCUGGACUAAGGUCAGCCUGACGAGACUUUCACCUAGCUUGAUGAACCUAGAAUUCCAGGGAACAGUGGAAGCUCGAGGAUGGGUCUACCUAUCACAGGAAUUGGAAAAUGCAAUGGUAGUGGGACUAGUAUUGGGCACGACACCGGAUCAGUUGUUUAGGCAAGCGGAACAGGAAGUGGUAUGGGCAGCAUGUCAACGGGAAGAAAUGGAGAUGGAAAGGAUGGAGGUGCGAGUAGAACUCGCGGACCGGAAAAAUAUGAGACGUCCCCUUAGGACGAUGAGUGGAGAGCAGAAGUACGAAGUGCUGCGCAUCCUGCGUGCUGUGUUUAGCACCAGGCCAAGGGCUCCGGUCAUGGGAGACGCAAAGAAGAAACUCACGUUCAACGGGGCAAACAUUACGGAGUUUCUGAUAGACUAUGAGAACCUAGCAGCCUUACUGAAAUGGACGGAAGAGGAAAAGAUGGAGCACCUAGGGCAGCACGUGUCGCUAAGCUUGGGAAGGGACAUUAUGGCCAUCGUCGCCUCCAAUGGAUUCUGGAAAGAAACUAGGAAUGAGAUGAUGAGGAAAUAUCUGAAGGCAGAAAAAAUGGCAACAGAGGCCGAAUUAGUCGCAGUCCAGAGGAAAAACUAUGCGACUUACGACGAUUUCCUAAGGGCAUUUACGUUAGUGGCGUUGCGAAUUCCCGGGGUAACGGACCGCAUAAUGAGUAAAUACUUCCUCAGGCAGUUCUCUGAGUUUGACAAGGAUAAGAUUCUGUCAGCAUACCAGCAGACCAGUAAGUUCGAGUACACGAGAGAUGUGGACUUCAGCACCGUAACAGACCUUGCGGAAAAGACAGUGGUCACCGAGACACUAGCCCUGCUUAAGGAAGGGGAGGUCAUAGAUCUGACCCGGAAGACAGGGGAUAAGGUCAAGAAGGGGAUAGAGAGCCUGCACGAACGGGUGCACGGGGUUGACAACAAGAUGGAUAAAAUGGAAAAUGCGUUGUUAGUAAUGCAGGUGCAAGUGUCCAGACCCGCCCUCCCGCCCCAAGAGGCCGUGGUUCCGGCAGCUGUAGCAAACCGGGGGUUUGGCAGGAGGGACCCGGCCAACGAACAAUGCAAGUAUUGCACCAUGACGGGCAUUUCGUACGGGCUUGUCCGAGGCUUAAUCACGAUAUUGAGCGGCAGAGAGGUAGAGGAGGCCCCAGAACUGCAAGAGCAGGACACGAAGGAGGCCGAGGCGCCGCAAGGAGUCUCCAACCUCCAAAGCAUUCCAGGGGGCCUGGGAGAGUUGGAGAAAACCUUUGCGGACAUCCGCCUAAGCCUACCGGAUCGUGAAGGUGGCGAAGUCAUGAGGGCGCCACCCGGGACAAAGCUUAGUUUUCAUGCAUUACCAGUUGGGAAACUUAAAGUUCAAAUCGGAACUCACCACACUGACGUGUUAGUGGACGGCAGAGCAGAAAUCACCCUCAUACGACGGGAUUUCGCAAUGGUCACGGGGUGCACGGUAAACAAGGAAGUAGCAGGGAGUAUCCGGGGAGCAGGUGGCGAAAUUCCUUUCACAGGGUAUGUCACCAAAUGUGCAGUCAGGGCGGGAAUCCGGGAAUCCAUCUGGUCCUUUCAGCGGAUGACCGUGAUGGAAGAAAUGGAUCACGACAUAAUCCUCAGGAGACCGUGGUGCGCCAAUGUGGAAAUGAUAGGAAUGCAUAUGCACGACGACACAUACAUGGUAGACAUAGAGAACCCGGUGACCGGCCGCGGGGAACGCCUCCGACUUCUUGGGACCGGAGGAGACCCUCCGAAGGGCAAAUUGGCAACCUGGUCUCCAACAUUCGGAGAAAGUGAGCGGAAGGGGGCGUUCGCACGAAUGGAAGGGCUUCGAAAUAGGGCAGAUGGGCUGAGCAGGGUAUGCAUCACGCUAGAAGGAGUAGAGGAUGCGGAACCAAUUGACGCCUUCCUGGAGUACGAAGGAGGGACCCUUGUUGUGGAUAAUGAGAUGGCAGAUCCAGUAAUCACAACAGUGGUUGCAGAACUCAGGGAAGGACCAGUCACCACGGUCAGGCGCAAAGAGAAAAAGGACUCGUGGGGAGCAGAAGUAGGGGCCAGAGAGGAACUGAUGGCAAUGACCAUGGAGGGGGGACGGGACGCCGUGAUGACGUUGGCCGAAGCCUGGGCGCAGAAGGAGUGUCAGUAUCUAGUCAACCUCACUCGGGAGGAGCAGGGUACGGAUCAGAAGGAACAAGAGUUCUUCCUCAUACAGAUGUACGAGGGCGUCUUCAAAGAAAUCGGUCUGCUACUUGUAGGGAACAAACAACCGACGGAAGUCAGUCUCAAGGCAAGGGAGGAAGUCGAAAAGUAUGUCCUAAGAAAUGGCCACCUGUUCAAGAAAGAGGAAGGGAUGAUACCUAGGCGUGUCGUUUGUGGGAGGUCUAGGCAGCUGGACGUAAUCCAGGCAAUGCAUGACGGGCUAGGUGGAGGUCACCGGUUGUCCAAGGGGACACUUGCAAAGAUCGUGCCCCUGUACUUUUGGCCAGGGAUGGCAGGCAUGGUCGCAACGUAUUGUCAAACGUGUCUGAUAUGUCAAGAAAGGAGCGCCGUACGAGUUUACGAGCCCCUUAGACCCACCCGGGUACUGGGGACCGGACACCUUGUUCACCUCGACCUUGCCGUUAUGCCCGUAUCAACGGAUGGGUUUAGAUACAUCUUGGAUGCAAGGGAUAAUCUUAGUGGCUAUGUAGAAGCCAUAGCCCUCAAGAAGAAGACGGGGAAAGCGGUGGCCGACUGGGUGGAAGAUUUCUACCUAAGGCACCCCUUCGUGCGCAGGUAUAUAGCAGACGAUGGGACAGAAUUCGUUAACCAGGAAGUGUUGAACAAGCUUAAGACACUGUGUGUACCGAUCAAGAUCAUCGAGCCCUACCAUCCUGAGGCAAAUGCACCAGUAGAAAGGGGUCAUCGGACUUUGAAUAACACAAUCGCAAAAUUGUCAGCAGAUAAUUUGGGAAGUUGGCCACGGUUUCUCAAGCAGGCAGUCUUCGCCGAGAACAUGACUCCAAAAAGAACAACGGGAUGUAUUCCAGCAGAACUCUGGUAUGGAAGGGAGAUCGAUUUUCCGAUAGAAGCUUUGGUCCCUACCUGGAACAGGCUAGAUGACGAUCCACACUUGAGCACGGAAGAGUUAAUCACCGCACGUUGUCAGCAGGUCGCCAGGAAUGAGGAGGCACUCGAGGAAGUAGUCAAUCGUGUGACGGACAGCCGAGUGAGGGAUAAAGCAAGAUGGGACCAGGUUAAGAACAUUCGGAAGGAGCCACUUCAGGUGGGGGAAAAGGUGCUAGUUAGGAACUCGGCUCUUGAAAGCACAUGGCCGGAAGAGGGACAAUCGUCAAGGCAAGCUGGAGAGUCAAGCUCCAGGAAAAGGAAGUUGUAUGUGGGGUUCGAUCACAACCUAGUUGUGAACAGGGGGGGUAGAAACCAAGGAACCAGAGGGUCGUCACCACUAAAGGAAGGGGAGCCAAUAGAGCUGCCUUCAGACAGUGAUCCUAGUAGUAAGGAAGAGGGGAACCCAGAGGAAGGACAACGGCCGGGAGAGAGUGAGCCCGUUGAGGUCAUUGACCUCACCAGCGACGAGGAGGAAGAUGAGGUAACAACGCCCAUAAGGGAAGAUCGGGGAAGAGAGAAGGAUCCAGGGGAAGAAAAGGACCCAUGGAAAAGAGAAUUCGGGCCAACUUUUAGCGAUUGGUUCGAUCAAUGGGCCAGUAUUUUGCGUUAUCAGUGGGCUAUGAAGGGCAAGGAAAAGUUGAACAGGGGAGAAGACGUAUCCCCAACAACCUUCUUUUCAGAAGAAACGCUUCGUCAUCUGCAGACGAUAAAGAGGCUAAUGGAGCAAGAGAUGGAGGACUGGGCAAGGAGGGAGGCUCGACGCAGGGCACCGGGACAGUAAAAGGGGACAGCAGGCAUGAUGGGAAUAGCUGGGAAUCGGGGAAGGGUUGGUAACCGGGCAGCAAGAACUGUCAUCUUUCCUUUUGCGCAUUUGAACUUCUUUCCGAAUGAACUAUGAUGGGACAGUUGCUAAGCUCGAAGCGGCUAAGGACUGGGUAACGAAUGCUACUUCAUAUAAGUCGUUGCUUCUUCGGAAAUGGGCACGAGAGUUUUUUGCACUUAGAAUAAAACUGUGGAUCGCUGGGAUGGCUAAGGGAAAGUAAGGGAAAAACAAAGGGAACUAGAUGAG